CAACCGUUUUUCCACCUCUAAUAAAAUUAUCAUUUUGCCGUAAAAUGAACAAUCAUUCGAAGAAGGAAAUUUGCAAGAAUUUAGGGAGUUCGUCGGACAGAGUCUCGUUGUCGCACAUCAUUUUCGUUAAGAAGAAUGGGGAAAGGUAUCGCAAGUUCUUUUUCCCAAAGUGCUGCUCAAGACACAUCUUCCAGCUGGCUUUCAGGUUGUUCAAUGGACCCACCGAUCCCUAUUUUAUGCCCAUUCUUCAAUAUUUUGCGGAUUUCCUCAGUCGGUACAUCGAAUCGGAGCAGAAUGAUGACUGGAGCGACGAAGAACCCACAUACAUCCACGAGGGGGAGUCUUCUGAUGAAAAAGAUAUGGAAAAGCCAAAGGAUAAUACUAACAAAAGGACGGAUGAAAGAACUAAGAGUAAAACUGGGAAAAUGACUGAAGGAGGGUCUGUAAACAAGGUUAAAGAUAUGAUAUCUAAGGCUGGAAAAGAAGUGCCUAAGAAGGAUGACAGCAAAGUGACGACUGCAGAAUUAAACAUGAUUCCAAAUGCGCAACAGGACCUUUAUGAAGACUACAUUUUGUAUGACUUAUAUGAGUGCCAGGCACAAAUAUCCGAGGACGAACUUGAAGAGAUAACCGAAGAGUUUCUGCGGCAAAAUGAAGUAGACUAAUGGUUGGCGAUUCCCUUAAAUGUAACGUUUUCCAAUGCUCAAGACCCCAUUGCCCCCUCUGAAUAUCCACUUAUUUGGGCCAGAAGAAGACACUUGCAGUGCUAAUCCCUAAAUAAC